UGCAGAUUGUAGAAAACGAAGGAUGCUCAGAAGUUUUGCACCAAGAUUUUCUAGCUGUACCAUUUUGCCGCUAGACCAGAUUUGGGUGAUUGUCCCACCGAGGUGCCGUCGGGGAAAGCGCGGGCCAAAUUCUAGGGCAAAGGAUUUUUCGACGUUGGGCCUCGCACCACAAACCUCUCGCAAAAAGUGAAGCUACGCGAGGCAUGACAGUUUGAUUGAGUGCUUGCAAGUGAACAUCACCAAGUCUCACCCCUACGGCAAUUCCGAUUAAACACAUCGCAAUGGGUGACGCAAAUAUCGUCGGCUCCAACUGGCGCAUGGUCGAGGUCGGCCGUGUUGUCCUCCUCCAGGGAAACGGCCCUCACACCGGCAGACUCGCCGCAAUUGUCGAGAUCAUCGACCAUAAGCGCAUUCUGGUUGAUGGACCCUCCGCAGACGCCAAACUCGCAGUCCCCCGUCAAGCUCUCCCCACGUCUGAGGUUCUGCUGAGCCCCUUCGUCAUUGAGAACUUGCCCCGUGGUAUCCGACAGGCCGGCUUGAAGGCAGCGUGGGAGAAGGCAGGAAUCGACGCAAAAUGGAAGGAGAGCAACUGGGCCAAGCGCAAGGAGCAGACAGAGCGCAGACAGGCUCUGACCGACUUUGAUCGAUUCAAGGUCAUGCGCCUCAAGAAGCAACGUCGAUUCGAGCAGCGCAAGGCUCUGGCGAAGGUCAAGGCAUCGGCAUGAAGGAAGGUUUGAUUCUUCGUCGGGGUCUGGUCAAUGAUGGUGGUUAGUCUACGGAAUACUCUCAACUGGUCUGCAUGAACAAGGGGACAAAUGCAUUUGGGGUUGCUGGAUUCCUUUGCUUCAUGGGAAGACCUGUAUGUCACAUACAUUUCAGAAGGUGACUGGCGUCAAUGAUACGGAAAUUCACAACCAAAACAGCUGCAUGCAGUUGCGAGUCUCUGCGGACUGGUGGUCUCGUAUUGAAUUACGAGAGGAGCGGACGGUUUCCAUAAGCAAUUCUGAUAACCUGCAAUUCCCGAAUGAGGACCCGAGAGCCGUAGUAAUCUGACAAUUUACAAACCUCAAAUCAGA